GUGGUGUUUCUGUGGGAGGGGAAAGAAACUCCACACGGCGAGGCUGGAAGGAGGCACUGACCAGCAGCACAGGGCGGUGCGGUGCGCUUCCCUCGGCGCAGACUGAAUUGUCUCCGGACUGUCAAAGGAGGUUUUAACACCAGGCCGGACACAGACAAGGAAGCAACUGACAGGCGACGACCCCGAAAACAACAGCUCCAACCAAGGCCACGGUCUGCUCUCGAACUGCGCGCAGUUCGCACACGUAACUUGUUUUGUGGACUUUGAGCCUGCACUCAGAUGUGUGUGCAGCGCUUCAGAUGAUUUAAGCCUUUGAGUGUGUCUCUAUUGGAAUGAAUUGAUCUCACUCCACUGACCCCUACUGACCAAUCAAUGCACCGCCGAGGUCGGAAGAAGACGAUGCUUUAUGACGAGAUAUAACGCACGUCUCUCCCGUUUCGAUCGUUUUGACAUAUUCAUCCCGCUGCAGCCUACGUCAGUGACACGUUGGGCCAAGCUCAGGAUGGAAAGGAAACAAUGUUGCGUGAAGCUGUCGGUCCAGCCUUCCAGAGGACUAAUGGACGAGAAGUUCAUUGUCCGGGUUCAGAGUGUCCCUCCUGGUUUCAAUUUGACUGUCCACGCCCUCCACCAUUGUGAAGAUGGUCACAGCUGGGAGGCGUACGGUCACUACACUGCUGAUGCCACUGGGACUGUAAACGUUUCGGAGGAUCCAAGUCUGGGUGGGACAUAUUCUGGAGUUGAACCAAUGGGUCUACUGUGGAGCCUCAGACCAGUUCCUGGCAGCAAAACUGGACUCAGGAUGAGGAAGAUGAACGUCCAGACUCCUAUGGAGGUCACAUUGUCAGUCUACCAGGGCCACAUGACUGAGGGUUUUGUGGAUCAAGUGCCUCUGGCCAGUGUAUUGGUGGAGCGCUGGUACAUUGCACCUGGCAUACGCAGGAUCCCUGUCACAGAGGGUGGACUCACUGCAACCCUUUUCCUGCCCCCAGGACCUGGACCUUUCCCUGGUGUCUUGGACCUGUGGGGGGGUGGAGGGAAUUUAGUGGAGUAUCGGUCAGCACUGUUUGCCUGCCACGGCUUAGCCUCCCUGGCUCUCGACUACCUGACGCCUAAAAUCACAAAGGAAACUGGGAAGAUGGUGGACAAUGAAUACAUUGAGACGGCCUACAGAGUCCUGCAGCAGCAUCCUCAGGUCCUCGGCAGCAGUAUUGCCAUGCUGGGACUUUCCUUUGGUACCAGUGUCACCCUCAAAAUGGCUGUUUACUCUGAAGUAAUAAAGCUUAGGUGUGCAGUAUGUAUUAGUGGGAGUCAUGUGCAGCCAGUCGAUGGAUCUUUGGAGCAAAUAAUGGAUUUCUUUCAUAAAAAUGCUGCGAAUAUUCGGAUUGAUGAGAAGAAUCAGGUGAUCAUUCGAGACUUGCUGCUGCCUAUCCCCACCGACCCUUCAUUCAAAGUGGAUGUAGGAAGACUCCAGUGUCCUUUGUUGCUGGUUGUAGGUGAGGACGAUCAAAACUGGCCUGCCUACGAGUCUGCAAUGGACAUGAAGGAGAUGAUGGAGCGAGCGGGGAACAGCCACCUGCUGACUGUCCUGUCGUACCCAAACGCCGGCCACCUGAUUGAACCUCCGUACACACCGCACGCCAGAGCCAGCAACUUCAUCCCAAUUAACACACGUCAAAAGAUGGUGCAUCUGUGGGGUGGGGAGAUGGUGGCACAUUCUCGUGCUCAGGAAGACGCCUGGAAGAAGAUGCUGGUCUUUCUGAGGGAAAAUCUGUACAGCAUCAGAAACCCUCUUCUUACCUCUUUAUCCAACCUGCACUCAAAGUGAUAACUCAUAGAAAUAGAGUUGCUAAUUUUGCUGCCUUGAGAUAAUGUAUGUAAUGAUUUAGCGCCAUACAAAUCAAUUUGAAUUGAAUUGAAUUGAAUGUGACUCUCAGUUGAAGCCCUUCUACUUUCUUGACUGAAUCAUCAGGACAAUGGAUGUUGAACUGUUAGAAAACCCAUUAAUCAAACUCUUGUACACCUGCUUUGUCAUGCAAUUAUUCACCAAUCAUGUGGCAGUUUAAUGCAUAAAAUCAUGCACAUAGAGGUCGGAAGUUUCAGUUUAUGUUCUCAUCAUCACAUUGUCAAUUCAAUGUGUAAAAACAAAACACUGUUUGAUGUUUUUUACAGCACACUCAGACAUUAUCAAGACAAAAAAUGUAGCAUGCUGACUUUUUUUUUACUCAGGUUCUGCGGACAGAAACACACUGAUCAUGAGAGAGGUCAUGGUUGGAGGUGACGGAAAUUUAACUGUGACUCACACCACCACUCUACAACAAAUGAACAACAUGUCAAAAUCUUCAGGUUGCCCUCCUGUCAGACAAGAACAGAAAAUCAAGAAUCCAUGCCAAAAUAAAGUGCUUGGUGAGCGUAUAUGUCUUAACAGUAAAAGUUUAUUUUACAGCAGUUAUCAAAACCAGAUAUUACAUGAUUACAAGAUGCUUUGAAAAAGAUUACAUUAACUUAAUUAAAAAAUGCAGUAGAAACCC